UUACACACCAAACUGAAAGACGGAACAACUAUUUUAGAGAACAAACUCAACAGCGCCACUGUAACACAAACACUUACACAAAGCAAACUGAGGCACAGAACAGAAAUAAUCACUCAAAAGCCCAAACAAAACCCUCUCUCUGUUCCACAAAGUCAAAGAGAAAACGACCGCCAAAACCGCCCACUCUUUCUUCCUGUUAUGCUUCUUCAAUCACUUGCGUACUGAAAAGAUAGAGAGAGAGAGAGAGAGUGUGUGUGUGUGUGUGUGUGUGUACGAGAUUUUUUUUAAUAAAGAGAGAAUAAGAGUGGUAUGGGAGUGGAAAAAGGUGAAAUUUAUUGAAAGAAAGCAAAGAGGGAAUCUUUUUUUGUCUUAUGGCAUGCCUAAGGAAGAAGAAGAACACCAUUGAAGGCCUCGUAGUUGAUGAUUCUGCUCUUUUCUUGGUCCACCCCACCAACCCACUUGCCGAUCUUUGUCAAAAAUUUAAUCUUUUGUUGCUGAUUUUCUCUCCAACUCAAUGAAAAUCUUCUGGGUCCUUUUCCGGUUUCUUACCAUGUUCUUGAUCUUCUUCUCUUCAAUUGUUUCUCUGACAGUGCAAGGAUUCACUGGAACCUAUGGAAUAAAUUAUGGACGAAUUGCAGAUAACAUCCCUUCGCCUGAUCAAGUUGUUACUCUUCUCAGAGCAGCAAAAAUAAAAAAUGUAAGAAUUUAUGAUGCUGAUCACAGUGUAUUAAAGGCCUUCAGUGGAACUGGGCUUGAAUUAGUGGUUGGACUUCCAAAUGACUAUGUGAAAGACAUGAGUGCCAAUGCAGAUCAUGCAGUGAAUUGGGUUAAAGAGAACGUGCAGUCGUUCCUUCCAGGGACAAACAUUCGUGGCAUUGCUGUGGGCAAUGAAAUUUUAGGGGGGGGUGAUACUGAGAUGUGGGCAGCUCUUCUGGGUGCAGUGAAAAAUAUUUACAACGCCACGCAGACGCUUCAUCUAACUGAUAUUCAGAUUACCACAGCACAUUCACAGGCUGUUUUUGCUAAUUCCUAUCCUCCCUCUUCUUGUAUAUUCAAAGAUAAUAUUGUUCAAUAUAUGAAGCCACUCUUGGAGUUCUUCUCACAAAUGGGUUCUCCUUUCUGUUUAAAUGCUUACCCGUUCUUGGCCUAUAUGGGUGAUCCAGAGAAUAUUGAUAUUAAUUACGCUCUUUUCCAGUCAACCCAGGGGAUUGAUGAUACGAAAACUGAUCUGCAUUAUGAUAACAUGCUUGAUGCACAGAUUGAUGCAGCAUAUGCAGCUUUGGAAGAUGCUGGAUUCAAAAAGAUGGAAGUCAUUGUUACAGAGACUGGAUGGGCGUCACGUGGAGAUGACAGUGAAGCUGCAGCCACAGUAAAUAAUGCAAUGACAUAUAAUUAUAACCUGCGGAAAAGGCUUGCAAAGAGGAAAGGAACUCCUCUUCGACCAAAAAUGGUGGUGAAGGCUUAUAUUUUUGCAAUAUUCAAUGAAGAUUUGAAGCCUGGUCCAACUUCUGAGAGAAAUUUUGGACUGUUUAAGCCCGAUGGGAGCAUUGCGUACAAUAUUGGGUUUCAUGGGCUUAAAUCUUCAUCAGCGGAUACAUUGCUUUUGUCUUUGAAGCAUUUUUAUUUAUUUAUCUUUUGUGUACCGGAGAUUAUCAUAUCAAUAAGGGCAAAUAUAUGGGAAGAAUAUAUGGAUAUUCGAGCUCAAGAUUGGUCCAGGCCCCACUUCUUGGUAUCAGUAAUCUCAGCAGUGGCACUGCUUGUGUUCUUAAGAUAAUGAAUGAAUGAAAAAUGUCCAGGCUUGCCAGACCAGCAAAAGGCAUUCAAAAGUUCAUGAUUUGGUACUAUUUCAUGUCACACUCCAGAGACAGUACAUCAUUGAUCCUUGUCUUCAAUAUUUGCUAGAAAUUGGUGAUUAUUUUUUAUACGUCUCAGCAAAUGUAUAUUGGUUUUUGCCUUAUAAAACCGUUUCUUUUAAUCUGUCUAUUUUGCAUUCUCUCAUUGGCUUUCAUCGGUUUAAGUCUUUCGUGGACCCAUUUAUCUAUAUUUGGUUGUGUUCUGUACCA